GCUCAAGCCGUUACCUUCUUCUGUUGACUCGACGCCAUCGCCUUCGUCAUAACCUUCGUCCUCCUCCAAAACCAACUCUGUCGCUCGGCUAUUGCGGCGAAUGCGAAGCCGCCAUCGCCGCCCCCAUGGCAACCGGCAGAUGCUAGCCCUAGCUCAGCUCUGCACAGCCUCGCUCGCUCCCGCUUGGGAUCUCGAAAGAACCUCGCGGUUCGCCAGCUCCGUCCGCGCCGGUUGAAGGACCCGCGCCUGUUCGGAUCGGGCUCGGAAGGGGGUCGCGGUUUGCGAUGGAGGCGGGCGGCGGCAGCGGGAGCGGGAGCCCCGCCGGCCAACCGAAGAGGGGCAAAUCGAAGGCCCCGAGGAAGGCCAAGGACAGCGUCCUCAAGCAGAAAUCUCCGGCGGAGUUCUUCGCGGAGAAUAAGAACAUCGCUGGUUUUGACAACCCUGGGAAAUCCCUCUACACUACCGUGAGAGAGCUUGUCGAGAAUUCGCUCGAUUCGGCGGAGUCCAUCUCUGAGCUUCCUGCUGUGGAGAUAACAAUUGAAGAGAUAGGGAAAGUCAAGUUUAACUCUAUGAUCGGUCUCGUUGAUCGAGAACGUGUUGACGAGGCACUUUAUGAUGACUAUGAGACUGCCAAGGCUCGUGAGAAAAGAUUAGCUAAGGAAGCUAGAAACCAGGAAAUUCAAGCAAAGAAUGCUGCCCUUGGGAAGAAAGUCAAGGAGGCUACACCAGCAAAAAUGAAGGGUCGAGGAGAGGCUUCAUUUUACAGGGUGACAUGCAAGGACAAUGGAAGAGGAAUGCCACAUGAUGACAUCCCAAAUAUGUUUGGACGAGUUCUGUCUGGAACAAAGUAUGGCUUGAGACAGACACGUGGAAAGUUUGGUCUUGGUGCAAAAAUGGCGCUGAUUUGGUCCAAAAUGAGUACAGGGCUUCCUAUAGAUAUCUCAUCAUCAAUGAGAGGCCAAAAUUAUGUGUCAUACUGCAGGCUGGAUAUUGAUAUUCACCGGAACAUACCUCACAUUCAUGUACAUGAAAAACUAGAGAAAAAGGAAGAGUGGCACGGGGCUGAAAUUCAAGUUGUGAUUGAGGGAAAUUGGACAACCUACCGUUCAAAGAUUUUGCAUUAUAUGCGGCAAAUGGCUGUGAUUACCCCGUAUGCUCAAUUCGUUUUCAAAUUUGUAUCAGAUACAUCUGAUAAAAGCAUGACUAUAAAAUUUGCCCGGAGAACUGAUGUUAUGCCCCCUGUUCCACUGGAGACAAAGCAUCAUCCAUCAUCUGUUGAUUUGCUCCUUAUUAAACGACUUAUUACAGAAACUUCGAAACAGAACCUUCUGCAGUUUCUUCAGCAUGAAUUUGUAAAUAUCAGCAAAGCACAUGCUGAGCGUUUGAUCGGCGAAAUGGGCCCUGAAUUCCAGCCCAAAAUGCUGAUCAAGUCUCUAACAGAUCAGCAAAUUGUCCGCAUCCAUCAACUGUUUCGGCAAGCGAAGUUUGAAGAUCCUACUGGGGAUUGUCUUAGUCCUGCAGGCGAGUAUAAUCUUCGCCUUGGAAUUAUAAAGGAACUGCAUCCAGACAUGGUAGCAACUUAUUCCGGCAGUGCCCAGGUUUUUGAAGGUCACCCAUUUAUUGUAGAAGCUGGUGUCAGUUUAGGUGGAAAAGAUGUCAAACAAGGGUUGAACAUAUUUCGGUUUGCAAACCGGAUCCCACUUCUUUUUGAACAAGGUGCUGAUGUAGUGACCAGAACAGCUCUCAAGAGAAUCAACUGGAGUAGUUACAAGAUAAACCAGAUGCAAGAUAAAAUUGGAGUCUUUGUGAGCAUUGUCAGCACAAAAAUCCCCUUCAAAGGGACAGGGAAGGAAUAUAUUGGAGAUGAUAUUACCGAAAUUGCUACUGCUGUUAAGUAUGCCAUUCAACAAUGCUGCAUCCAGCUUAAAAGUAAAAUAGUAAAGAAAAUGCAGGCACGUGAGCAACAAGAGAGAAAAAGAAACUUAAGCAAGUACAUACCUAAUGCUGCUGGAGCGGUGUAUGAUGUUCUGAAAGAAAUGGCACAAUCUCAUGCUUUGAAGAAGAAACGUUACGAGGAUGAGGAUGCCAAUUUACUAAACAAAGUAUCAGCUCGUUUAAUUACAAAAGAUACGCUCACGGAGAAACUAUCUCAACAUGUUGAACAGGUGGAUUAUGAAAUGGCUUUGGAGUUUGCCACACAGAGCGGAGUUAGUGAGGAGCCCAGAGAAGCUAUCUAUAUACAGUCUUUAGACGCCAAAAGUGACUUCAUUGAGUUCAGUAAUUCAAUCUUCUGCUUCAGGCUGAUCCGGUAAAAUUUGAUUCUUCCUGCCAUUUGUUGGAUAUGUACAGGAUUAUAGUAUUUUGACCAUGAUGGUUGCUAUGUCCCUCGGUAUAAGCCGAGAUAUUUAAUCUAUGUUUGCCCUUAUAGCACAUUUUGAAGGGGCAGCUCUUCAAGCUUACACUAUAUUUUCUAGAUGCUUGGUCAACAAACCUCUUCAAGCUUACACUAUAUUUAUGGUUUAUUUGCCAUUAAUUAA